AUGGCCGACGUCAUGGAGGAGUAUGAGAAAGAAGCUGGCUGCGUCCCUAUUCUCCAUCCAGAGGAAAUUAAGCCUCAAAGCCACUUCAACCACGGUUACAGCGAACCUGUCAGCCGGAAGAACCACGUAGACGACUACAGCACAUGGGACAUCGUUAAAGCCACACAGUAUGGCAUCUUUGAGAGAUGCAGAGAACUGGUGGAGGCCGGAUUCGACGUCCGGCAGCCAGACAAAGAAAAUGUGACGCUCCUCCAUUGGGCUGCCAUCAAUAACAGGGUAGAUCUAGUCAAGUACUAUAUAUCAAAGGGCGCCAUAGUGGAUCAGCUUGGAGGAGACCUCAACUCCACACCACUACACUGGGCUACCAGACAAGGCCACCUCUCCAUGGUGGUGCAGCUCAUGAAAUACGGCGCCGACCCAUCACUGAUCGACGGCGAGGGAUGCAGCUGCGUCCACUUGGCCGCCCAGUUCGGCCACACCUCCAUUGUCGCCUACCUAAUCGCCAAAGGACAGGAUGUGGAUAUGAUGGACCAGAAUGGCAUGACUCCCCUCAUGUGGGCAGCAUACAGGACGCACAGUGUGGACCCCACGCGAUUGCUGCUCACCUUCAACGUGUCCGUAAACCUCGGCGACAAGUAUCACAAGAACACGGCGCUGCACUGGGCCGUGCUGGCCGGCAACACCACCGUCAUCAGCCUGCUGCUGGACGCCAACGCUAAUGUCGACGCGCAAAACAUCAAGGGCGAAACGCCGCUUGAUCUCGCCAAGCAACGGAAGAACGUGUGGAUGAUCAAUCACUUACAGGAAGCGCGACAGGCCAAGGGAUAUGACAGCCCGUCUUAUUUGAAGAGACUUAAGAUGGACAAGGAGGUAAGACAAAAGGUGAUGCUGGGAACGCCAUUCCUCGUCAUUUGGCUGGUGGGCUUCAUCGCCGACCUGGACAUUGAUUCCUGGCUCAUAAAGGGUCUCAUGUACGUGGGCGUCUGGGUGGCCGUGCAGUUCCUCUCCAAGGCUUUUUUUGACCACUCGAUGCACAGUGCACUCCCUUUGGGAAUCUACCUGGCAACCAAGUUUUGGAUGUACACCACUUGGUUCUACUGGUUCUGGAAUGAUCUACCCUUCGCCACGGUCCACCUGCCGUUCCUCAUAAAUACGCUGGCUCUGUUCUACAACUUUGGCAAAUCCUGGAAAUCGGACCCGGGGAUAAUCAAAGCCUCAGAGGAGCAGAAGAAAAAGACUAUUGUGGAGCUGGCAGAAACGGGCAGUCUCGACCUAAGCAUCUUUUGUAGCACUUGCUUGAUAAGGAAGCCUAUCCGGUCCAAACACUGCGCUGUGUGCAAUCGCUGCAUCGCCAAGUUUGACCACCACUGCCCCUGGGUGGGCAACUGCGUGGGAAGUGGGAACCACCGCUACUUCAUGGGUUACCUGUUCUUCUUGCUGUGCAUGAUCUGCUGGAUGAUGUACGGCUGCAUUUCCUACUGGAGAAUUCACUGCGCCACCACUUACGCCAAGGACGGCUUCUGGCUCUACCUGACCCAGAUCGCCGCGUGCUCGCCGUGGAUGUUCUGGAUGUUCCUCAACAGCGUCUUCCACUUCAUGUGGGUGGCCGUGCUCAUCAUGUGUCAACUCUAUCAGAUCGCCGCUCUCGGAAUCACCACCAAUGAGAGGAUGAACGCUCGGAGGUACAAGCACUUUAAAGUGACAGCCACGUCCAUCGAAAGCCCCUUCAACCACGGUUGCGUCCGAAACCUCAUCGACUUCUUCGAGGUGCGCUGCUGCGGCCUUAUCCGGCCCGUGGCGGUCGACUGGACCACGCAGUACACAAUAGACUACGACCAGACGUCGGGCUCCGGCUACCAGCUCGUGUAA